AAGAAGUGGUUAAAUGGUCUUUAAUUUUUUAGUGAUAUUUGUGUAUUGUAUAUUAGUGAUUACAAUUAGUGGUGAAAGCACAAACCUCUGUAGUUUUAGUGUUAGUGAGAGGUGAAUUUUUUGUGGAAGAAAAAGAAUUUGAGUGUAGUUUGAGUUUGAGUGUGAGAACGUUUUGUUAGUUUGUAUAUCGAUUAAAAUGGAUUACGGUAUCGAUUAUAAAAUGUGGAUUUACAAGUUUUUCCUCGUAUGUUUCUGGUGUUUGACCAUUAAUGUUCCAAAUCAAUUACAUUCACCAACAAUAUUGGUAAAUGCACAAGGAUUUGAACCACCACCCGUUUUACGUGUUGAUAAUCGAAAUUGGAGAAUAUUAUCGAAUGCAGAAAUUGGUACAAUUGUGUCACGUGUACGAAUUGAUGAGAGUAUAAGUCCACAACAAUCAACAACAUCACUACUAUAUGGUUUAGAAAGUUCUCCGUUCGUUGGAAAUGAAACUAAUAUGGAUUUACCAUUUGAUAUUGAUAAUAAAACUGGCGAAGUAUUUAUAAAUUCAUCGUUAGAAAAUCUAGUUAAUAGAAAAUUUGCUCUAUAUGUCACUGGUGAUAAUGGCCAUAUGGUUUCAAAAACACAAGUGUUGGUACAGAUUUUGAAUGCAUCGAAUCCCAAUGCAAAGUCAAAUGCAUAUCAUCCAUUUGGCAGCGGCGGCGGUGGCUUAUACACACAUCAAGGAUUUCAAUCAAUUUUUAAUAAUAACAAUCCUAACUGGGGAAACCCGGGCACUCUUCCUAAUAUACCAGGAUUUCAUCCAAGGCCACCACCAAAAUUACCAGAGCCAACAGACCCUAAACAUGAACAAACAGCAACAACUACGUCACUAUUAUCUUCUACUACAUCAAUCCCAACAACUGUGACAUUACAAACUACAUUAGUGACGUCAACAACAUCAUAUGUUGAAACUAAUGAUAAAACAAAUGAAAUACCAAUAAAAUCAAUUCCAACAGAAACUUAUCAAACAACGAUUACAAUUACAGUUGUAUCAGUUUGUGUAACGCUGUUAGCGUGUAUCAUUGUUUUAUUGAUUGCCCGUAAAAAGAUUUGUUUGGGAACAACUGAAAAUACAAAGGAUCAAGAUAUGAAAUCAUCAUCAACAACGGCUGGUAUAACAUUACAUGAUAAUCCAAGUGUAACAAUGCAACAAUGGCAUGGACCACGUGCAUUUAACAAUCGAUACGAAUCCUGUGAACGAGAAAACCAACUACAUACGACUGCUGCAAAUCAACCAAGUGCACCAAUUAAAGAUGAUAAAGAUCCUUGGGAAUAUCCUAGACAUCGUUUAAAAAUCUUCAACAUAUUAGGUGAAGGUGCUUUUGGACAAGUGUGGCGUUGUGAGGCAAGUGACAUCGGUGGUAAAGAUGGCUUAUCAAUUGUUGCUGUAAAAACACUAAAAGAAAAUGCAAAUGAUAAAGAACGAUCUGAUUUAGCAUCCGAAUUAGAAAUAAUGAAAACGUUAGAGCCACAUCCAAAUGUGGUACGUUUAUUAGGUUGUUGCACAGAUAAUGGACCUUUAUUAGUUAUUAUGGAAUAUAUUUCCCGUGGUAAAUUACAAAGUUAUUUACGAAAUUCACGUGCUGAACGAUUUUAUGGUAAUAUGCAUGGGCAAAGUAAAACGUUAACCUCAAAAGAUUUAACAUCGUUUGUGUAUCAAGUUGCACGUGGUAUGGAGUAUGUUUCAUCAAGAGGAAUUGUACAUCGUGAUCUAGCUGCACGUAACAUUUUGAUCACUGAAGAACACACAUGUAAAGUAGCUGAUUUUGGAUUUGCACGAGACAUUAGUAAUUCACGUGUAUAUGAGCGUAAAAGUGAAGGCGGGCUACCAAUAAGAUGGAUGGCACCCGAAUCAUUAUAUGAUAAUAUAUUUACGAUAAAAUCAGAUGUAUGGAGCUUUGGUGUGUUUAUAUGGGAAGUAGUAACAUUAGGUUCAACACCGUAUCCUGGUUUAUCAGCUGCUGAAGUAAUGCGAAAAGUACGUGAUGGAUAUCGUUUGGAUAAACCAGAACAUUGUCGACGUGAAUUAUAUAACAUUAUGUAUUAUUGUUGGGAUAACGAUCCAAUUAAACGACCAACAUUUGCUGAAUGUGUUGCAUUAGUGGAAAAAUUGUUAUUAACGGAAACGGAUUAUAUUGAAUUAGAACGAUUUCCUGAUCAUUCGUAUUAUAAUAUGUUAAGUUUAAGCGGGGAAAAACUUUAAAUUUGUAUUUUCCGGUUACUUUUAUGAUGACUUUGGGGGCCAAGAAUGCGAACCAUAGAUUGAGAAAACUAAAACCAGCGAUUUGUGCAAGUACAAUAAAAUAUAGUUAAUUAAUCGGAAGAAUCCUAAACUGUAUGAUUAUGUAUAACCGUAAAAGGUAAAUGCAUCGGAAAUAUAAAAUCUAGUGUAAAUGUUGUAAACAAAACCAAUGUUGUAAACCCAUGGCUAGGAUCUCUUUCUCAUGAAACUAGGUGUUGUUUGAAGCAAAAACUCAAAAUUUUUUAUGUACAAUGAACCAAGAUUAAUUCAACAAUUAAUUUUAUUAAAUACAAAAAUUUAUACCAAUAAUAGCAUUUGUUUGCAAGAGUCUUUUCUGAAACUUAAUAUGUCUUCUCCUUCCAUUAAAAAAAUAUUUAAAGUCAAUGCAAACAUAGCAAACAUCACCAAUUAAUUCUUUCACCAAUU